ACCCAUUAACGGUUGAUCAAAACCCACUUUUUUUGCUUCUCGUUUUUGAAUCGAAAGUGGUUUAAAACGAUCAAAAUCCAGACUUGUGUUGCUUCAGAUAUUUGUUUUCACCUGCUUCGAGAUUUUGUUGAUGGAAGUGAUAGCUGAAUUAAAACCAAUUUAUUUCUGGGUGUUUUUCUGUUUAUCCUAAUGUUGGGGGCAAAUAUAGAAAACCCUAAAGGUAUUGCUUUUAGGGAAAUAUCCUCACAUAAGCAUAAAUAGAACUUACUUAGGUCUUGAGACAUCUCUUAAAAGUUUGGUUGUGUGUGUGCAAAUGUCUUCUAAUCUUUAUGCCUAAGUUGUGUUUUUUUUCUUGUUUCUUAUCUGUUCAUGGUACAGAAUAUACACAGUCAAAGCCUAACUUAGCCGUUUGCUGGAACAUUAUUCACUGCCAGUUCAAAAAAUUCUGCCUUUUACUUUACCAAAAGUUGUUGAAUGAUCGGGAAAAAAUGAUCGACGCACCAAAGUUCAUCAGAGGAAAUAACCACAACAAUAGCAGUUACUAUGAGCUCUACCAAAAACUUGAAGGUUCCAACAUGUCUAUUGAUAGUUUACAGACAAGUACUGUUGGGGUUUCUGUAGCAACGUCGAGGGAUAACAGCAGUGUUGGGUCGAAUGAUUCUAAAACCCACAUUUUAGGCCACCCUGGUCUAAGACCGGUUCGCCAAAACUACACAGGCACAGCAGAAAACAGUGUUUACCGUCCAGGGAGCCAUGAGCUCAACAAUGACGCUCUAGCACAAGCUUUGAUGGAUAGUAGAUAUCCGGUUCAAGGGUUGGAGGAGUUCGAUGAAUGGACGAUUGAUUUAAGGAAACUCCACAUGGGUCCUGCUUUUGCUCAAGGAGCAUUUGGUAAGCUUUAUCGAGGAACAUACAACGGGGAGGAUGUGGCCAUUAAGAUACUUGAGAGGCCUGAAAAUGACCCUGACAAGGCGCAGCUGAUGGAGCAACAGUUUCAACAGGAGGUGAUGAUGCUUGCAACGCUGAAGCACCCAAACAUCGUCAGGUUUAUUGGUGCCUGCCGUAGAUCAGUGGUCUGGUGCAUUGUUACAGAGUAUGCCAAGGGAGGGUCUUUAAGACAGUUUUUGACAAAGAGACAAAACCGAGCUGUGCCUUUGAAACUGGCAGUUAAGCAGGCGUUGGAUGUUGCUACCGGAAUGGCAUAUGUUCAUGGGCUUGGGUAUAUUCACAGAGAUUUGAAAUCAGAUAAUCUUCUGAUUUCUGCGGAUAGAUCCAUCAAGAUUGCAGAUUUUGGUGUUGCUAGGAUUGAGGUCAAAACAGAAGGAAUGACUCCAGAGACAGGGACUUACCGUUGGAUGGCCCCAGAGAUGAUCCAGCACAGGCCUUACACGCAGAAGGUUGAUGUGUACAGCUUUGGGAUCGUGUUAUGGGAGCUAUUGACCGGGAUGGUCCCGUUUCAGAACAUGACAGCUGUUCAAGCGGCGUUUGCGGUUGUGAACAGAGGAGUGAGACCAGCGAUUCCAAACGAUUGUCUUCCGGUGCUGAGCAACAUUUUGACUCGUUGUUGGGAUGCAAACCCUGAAGUUCGUCCACCAUUUACUGAGAUUGUGAUGAUGCUUGAGCGAGCCGAAGCAGAAAUAGUGAACAACAUUCGUAAAGCUAGGUUCAGGUGCUGUGUUCAACCCAUGACCACAGACUGAGUCUCCGGAGAGUAUAUAGAGAAUGAGAGACAAAAAGACAGAAACAGAACAGAACAUAGGAGGAACAUUUGAAAAGGAGAUAAAUAUACUGUGUAUUUAUGUAUGCUCUUAUGUAUUUAUCUUCAACUUGUGUAUUAUUCACUCCAGUGUGUGUAGAGGGAGCCUCGUCGAGUAAUUUAUCAUGUAGAAGUUUAGAUUAUCAAUCAAUGUUUUAUUGAGAAGAGUA